AUGUCGGACGCAGUGUCUCCAAGCGAGCUCUCUGCCCUCCGCGCUGCUCUCCUCAACACGAGCGGUACUGUCCCUCUGCACGAUCGUUUCAGAGCUCUCUUCACGUUGAAAAGUCUGAAAAAUGAUGAUGCAGUCAAGAUCAUCUCUGAAGGCUUCGCAGAUCACUCGGCACUGCUCAAGCACGAGCUUGCAUACUGCUUAGGACAGAUGAAGCUCGUCUCAGCUCUCCCAGUUCUUCAAUCAGUGCUGGAGAACCUGGAUGAAGAUCCGAUGGUCCGACAUGAGGCAGCAGAAGCAAUAGGCGCAAUUUCAUCGCCUGAUUUCAAGGCAGUCCUCAUGAAGUACCUCACAGAUCCCAACAGGAGCGUGCGUGAGACGUGCGAGAUUGCGCUCGCUAAAAUUGAAUGGGAUAAUUCUGAAGAGGGACGCCAGCAUCUUACCUCAAAGCAUUCGUCAGAUCAGACUCCGGCAUACACUUCCAUCGACCCCGCUCCACCCUCCUCCAAACUUCUCUCUGGUCAGCCCAAACCUGACGACCUGUCUGAAUCUACAAUCGUCUCCCUCCGCACCACGCUUUUGGAUACUUCCGUCCCCCUUUUCCAGCGCUAUCGGGCUAUGUUUGCACUCCGCAACAUUGGGACACCAGCAGCCGUGGAUGCUCUAGCGGCAGGGUUUUCCGAUGAUAGCGCCUUAUUCAAGCACGAAAUAGCUUUUGUUUUUGGCCAACUCUUGAGCGCGCACUCUGUACCCUCGUUGAUAAAUGUUCUGCAGAACGCGUCCGAAUCCGAUAUGGUACGACACGAGGCUGCGGAGGCCCUUGGAGGAAUCGCCACACCUGAGGUGCUGCCUCAUCUUAAAGAAUGGAUGACGCGCGAGGAUUCUCCGCGCGUUGUGCGAGAGAGUUGUCAGGUUGCUAUUGACAUGUGGGAGUAUGAGAACUCGGGGCAAUUCCAGUAUGCAAAUGGACUGGAGAGCGUCAGGGUAGAGGCCACUCCUGCUUGA